AUGUCACUCACGUCACUUCCCUUUGAAAUCAUUGGACGUAUUUUCGAUUAUUUGGAAUUACCAGAUCUUGUUGACUGUUCUCUUACGUGCAGGCCACUUCAUUGGUUUUUCAACUUCCAUCAAUAUGGGUUAUUCAGACCACUAUGGCAUAAUGUUCCUUGCCAGAUUCCUAACAAUGGGGUUUCUGAUCUUAGGUUAUACUAUCGAAACGCUGUAAUGAUUGAUGCCACACUUUACAUAGUCGUUCUUUCACUUAACAGUCCAACGUGUUGGCAGCUACGUACAAAUGAAAAGAAUCUCGAAUGGUUAUGCAUCCCUGUGAAGGUAUUCGGUCAGUAUCGGCCAGUUAAGUAUCCAGCAACUUCGUCGAUAUCGAAUCAGAUAUAUAUUCAUGGUGGCAUUGAUCUUGUUACCGGACAACCAACUAAUGCCCUGUAUGAAUUGAGUGUGAAUAAUAUGCAUUUGCGUACAUUAUCGCAGAGCAAUGUACUUCCUCGUCCGCGCUCAAUGCAUACGCUUAAUGCCAUCGAUCGUAAUCGCUUUAUGAUUUACGGUGGCCAAUGCUUUACCAAUGACAGACCAUAUGAUUGUCGAGAUUAUGCAAUUUAUGACAUUACGAAUAAAAGUUGGACUAUUUAUAAUCCAGUACCCAACAUUCCAUAUGCAAGAUCAUUGCAUCUUACCGUGUUAGUAAGAAAUGCACUUUACAUAUACGGCGGCCAGCAAAUUACUUAUGUAGGCUUAUCCGAAAUACACAACGAUGAUGGCAUUUGGGCCUAUGAUACACAAAAUAACCAAUGGAGGAAGUAUCUUUCCCCGAAUAUUGAACAAUCAACAUCGUUCAGACUACCGUCCGAGUGGAUAUCCACCACCGGGCGGAAACAAAGUCCUGGUCGGCGUGUUGGUGCUGCAAUGGUUUGUUUCAGAAACAAAAUUGUCAUAUUCGGUGGAUCAACGACUGAUAACUGGGAAAGAAGUCAAGUUGAAAAGCCUUGGGAAUACAUGAAGAUAUUCUCGGCGUCUAAAAGAACGUGGGAACACAUUAGAAUUCGGGGCUUACCAAGAAUGCAAUGUGUUGCGUUUACUAGUGGAAGGCGAGAAUUUUUUGUUAUAGGUGAAAACGCGAACACUGGAGAAAUUAUGAUGGGACGGAUAUUUGAUUAA